CGUGCAGGAGCCUGUCAGCACAAAACUACAAAUCCUGACUGUGUUCAAACAGGUUGCUGUCAUGUCUAAUCGAAUCACAACUCGACUAACCCGAACUCCACACCUUUAAAACUGCAGCAGGUGGACAGAACAUGUUGUGCGACAGGAUGUUUGUCAACUGAAGUCCUUUAAACGUGCACACAGCGUGCACAUGUACAUGUACAAGCAGUGUUCAAUGAGUCAAAGAAUAAAUGUCUGUGCUGUAACUGGUGUCAGAUAGGAAGUGUUGUGUCAGACACUGUGUGCUGAUUGAAGAUGCUGUGCUAUCAGAGGAGUGAUGUCAGAAGGAAACAUCCUGUGACUCGGCACGGGCCGCGGGACGAACAGCGACACGAAAACAUCAGGGCGACAGCGGGAACGUCCAGUGACGGUGAAGGAAAGAUUUCACUCAUUUUCAGACUGACUCAGACUGACACCAACAAGGCGACAGGAAAUCGUCCCCGCUGCACGUCCAACACAGCACACACCCACAUGCUGUCGCUCAAACUUUACUGCUCUUUAAAACCUGGUGGCAUCGCUGCAUUACAGAAGAAAGAAGCCAACUGGUUACCUCACACUUGGCACACUCAGACUGUGAUCCAGACCUGAUCCACAUGAGCACAGCAGAAGCAGCUGGUCUGACAUCUGAACAAAACCAGAAGAGUAGGCGCAAUGUUCAGGUGUCCACAUACAUUUGUCCGUGUGGCAUAUUUGUGGAAAAAACAGACAUGAUGUUACCUUCAACACGACGUGUGUCACUCUGCUAACAGAGUCCACAUUCAACUUCAGGGUGAAGAUCGAGUUAGGGUCGAGUCUCCAGGAAAUGAAAUCUGUGCUGUCCCCACAAGUGAAGAAAACACAACUGUGUGUGUGUGUGUGUGUGUGUGUGUGUGCUCCCACUAUCAGCUCAGCUGCUCUCCAAUCUCAGUGAGUGUGAUACCGAACAGACAGUGUGCAUGUCUCUCGCCCGUCAGGGGCCCGAUUGGGCGACGUGACAACACGUUGACGUGUGCACUAAAACGCCGUCAGGGCUUUCCUGCAUGAACCUUCCUGCGUAUUUAAGAGGCCGAGCUGCGAAGCGGCUCAGCAGCAGCGGGUGAAGCAGCAGCACGUGUCGAGGCUGCUGAUAGGAGCUCGGUAUCUCACCGUGUCGCUCAGCGCCAGGAGAGGAGAUAAAAGCAGGAAGUGUGUCGACGGGAUGAGGCCAGAAGGGACGAAGGCCUGAGCUGCAGCUGCAGGACAGACUCACUCACUGGACCGGACGCUGUGGACAUGACUGAAGGACAUGUCCGAUGUGUUUCAGGAUGAACGUGUCCUUGCUGCUGCUCGUCUUCAGUAUGUGCGAUCGAGCGGUGGGAGCGGAGAGACAGGAAACCGCGGCUUCACCCGAGGACCAGAGCGCUCGCCUCCGAGGCCUCUGGAAGCUGCACCUGAGGGACUCCCUGCUGAAGGGCAAAGCAGGUUCUAGUCCUCAUCCAGUCAGAGAAGGGCUCAAACAGCAGCUGCUCUACUGCCGCAUUGGGAUUGGCUACCAUCUCCAGAUUCAAGGCAACGGCUCCGUGGGAGGCGCCCACAAACCCACAGAGAACUGCUGGCUGAAGCUGUUCGCUAUGAACCAUGGAGUGGUGGGCAUCAGAGGAGUCAAGAGUGGCUUGUACCUCUGUAUGAGUGGAGACGGACUGGCGUACGGGGCGGAGCAGUUCUCUGACGACUGCCUGCUGAAGGAGAACCUGGAGGAGAACCACUACACCACCUACUCCUCUCUGGCUCACCCAGGCUUCUACCUGGCUCUUUCCCACAAGGGAGAGCUCAAGAGGGGCAACAGCGUGAACCGCCACCAGUCCUGCACCCACUUCCUGCCCCGGAGGACGCUGUGAUCGGGGGCUGCUGCUACAAGCCAGCUGUUCCAGUGAUGUGAGGAAGGAAACGGAAACUGGACAACAGCAACUGGGCCCCAACAAACCACUGAAACCAGUCCCACGUGAGGGAGACUAAAUGUGAGGGAUUAUGUGGAGCUUUACUGACUGAACUGAGCACAAAGGCUGCGUCACUCAGCAGCUGGUAGAGACCAAAACGGAGCUCGAACGAGCACUGACGUUACGAUGUCUGCUCAACGUGAGCUCCUGGGUGGCGUAUGAGCAGCACCACACUUUGAAGGACACCUCAUCUGUCAUCUCAUGCAUUUUAAGCUUCUCACUGUUUUUUCAUAAAGUUUAGACAUGCAGGAAAGUCAGGUGUCUUUCAUCACAUGACCUCGCAAAGCAGUUCAAAUAAGUUUAAAAAUAUUAUGCGAGUUAUCUUGUAGACGUCAGUUAAAACAGAUUAUGGUUUACUGUUGGUUUCACAUGGGACUGGGGUGCUGGACUCCGGGGUGCUGGACUCCUGGGUGCUGGACUCCUGGGUGCUGGACUCCGGGGUGCUGGACUCCGGGGUGCUGGACUCCGGGGUGCUGGUCCUGUGUGUCUGUAAAAAUCUGCUCCAAAUUACUGUUCACUCUGUUCUUUAUCAGUACUGAUGAAUUAUUGAGUGACUGCUCACGUUUAUAAAAAUGUUCAGUAAAAUAAGUUCAUAGUUAUUUAAACUGUAGCUUAUGAGUCUGUUUGUUUUG